AUGGACUCGAGUCCUCUGGGAGGAUUAGAACUGUCUGAACAUAGUCCUGGUCUACUAGGGAAUACCACCAUGGCAACAGGCCUUGCAAAUGUAGGAAAUACAUUUGGAGGUCCACCAAGUUCUUUAGUUUCUAGACCUAAUAAAUUCCAAAAUUCAGCUAUAGAAGAUGACGAUGAUGUAGUUUUUAUUGAACCUAUACAACCUCCACAAAAUUCUACGUCCCUGAUAGCAGAUCAAAGGAACACUACAUUUACAUCAUCAAAAAAUGAAGAACUUCAGGGAAAUGACUGCAAAAUGCUUCCUCCUCCAAAAGACUUCAAUUCUCAAAAGGGGAGUAUAAGUGAAACUAUUAUUAUUGAUGAUGAAGAAGACAUUGAAACAAAUCAAGAACAAGAGAAGAAUGCUUCCGGUUUUAAUGAACGAAGGCUUCCAGAGUGUAAAAAUAGAACCAACGAUACGGAAUUCUCAGCUUCCAGUUUUUCAAGAAGUAAGGUAAAUUCAGGAAUAGGUAAUAGUGGUAUAACCACAGAACCAGACUCUGAAAUUCAGAUUGCUAAUGUAACUACAUUAGAAACAGGUGCUAUGAGCUCUGUGAGUGAUGGUCAUUUAGAAAAUGCUGAAGGGCGUGACAUGAACUUAAUGAUUACACAUGUAACAUCACUGCAGAAUGCCAACUUGGGAGAUGUAUCUAACGGACUGCAGUCAAGUAAUUUUGGUGUUAAUAUGCAAACAUACACCCCAUCUUUGACUUCACAGACCAAGACUGGUGUAGGACCUUUCAAUCCUGGUAGAAUGAAUGUGGCUGGAGAUGUAUUUCAAAAUGGAGAAUCUGUGACUCAUCAUAAUCCUGAUUCUUGGAUAUCCCAGUCAGCUUCCUUCCCUAGGAAUCAGAAGCAACCAGGUGUGGAUUCUCUGUCACCUGUCGCAUCACUUCCUAAACAGAUUUUCCAGCCUUCUGCCCAGCAGCAGCCUUCUAAACAGGUUAAAGUCACAUGUGCAAAUUGCAAAAAGCCUUUACAAAAGGGACAAACUGCAUAUCAACGGAAAGGAUCAGCUCACCUUUUUUGUUCUACUACCUGCCUGUCAUCAUUCUCACACAAACCCACUCCAAAGAAACUUUGUGUUAUGUGCAGAAAAGAUAUAACAACAAUGAAAGGUACCAUUGUUGCUCAAGUUGAUUCAAGUGAGUCUUUCCAGGAGUUUUGCAGUACAUCAUGCUUAUCCUUCUAUGAAGAUAAACAGAAUCCCUCGAAAGGAGUUUUGAAUAAAUCAAGAUGCACUAUCUGUGGUAAACUAACUGAGAUUCGUCAUGAAGUUAGCUUUAAAAAUAUGACUCAUAAGCUGUGCAGUGACCAUUGCUUCAAUAGAUACAGGAUGGCAAAUGGUUUAAUAAUGAAUUGCUGUGAGCAUUGCGGGGAGUAUUUGCCCAGUAAGGGAGCUGGAAACAAUAUUCUUACUAUUGAUGGUCAGCAGAAAAGAUUCUGCUGUCAGAACUGCGUUGGUGAAUACAAGCAGAAAUAUGGCAAAUUAACAUCUUGUACUGGCUGCAGAGCUCAGUGCAGGUUUUUUGACAUGACUCAGUGCAUAGGACCUAAUGGAUAUAUGGAGCCAUACUGCUCAACUGCAUGCAUGAACACACACAAAUCAAAAUAUGCAAAAUCACAAAGUGUGGGAAUUAUUUGCCACUUUUGUAAGCGAAACUCUUUACCUCAGUAUCAAGCCACAAUGCCUGAUGGAAAACUGUACAACUUUUGCAGUUCCAGUUGUGUAGCUAAAUUUCAGACACUCAGUGUCCAAUCUUCAACAAAUGGUCAGUUUGUCUCUCCCAGUGAUAUUCAGCUGAAAUGCAAUUAUUGCAAAAGUUCUUUUUGUUCAAAGCCAGAAGUACUGGAAUGGGAGAACAAAGUGUAUCAGUUCUGCAGCAGAGCAUGUUCUGAUGAUUAUAAGAAACUGCACUGCAUAGUUACAUACUGUGAAUACUGUCAAGAGGAGAAAACGCUACAUGAGACAGUGAAUUUCUCUGGCAUCAAAAGACCAUUUUGUAGUGAAG